AUGGCCAAGUCAGUAUUGGACUUGUAUGAAUUGUACAACUUGGUGGUUGCUCGCGGAGGUCUGGUGGAGGUGAUAAAUAAAAAACUUUGGCAAGAAAUAAUCAAAGGUCUUAAAUUGCCAUCCUCAAUCACAUCAGCGGCUUUCACACUACGCACACAGUACAUGAAAUAUUUAUAUGAGUACGAAUGUGACAAAAAUCACUUUUCUGUAAGACCUGAGUUGGAAGCCGCAAUAGAAGGUAACAAGCGCGAGGGGAGGCGCGCUUCGGGUCAAUUUGAUGCACAAGCCGCUUUAGCAAUGCACCCCCCAAUGAACCGUGGCAUACCUGCUUCACUGGCGCAACUCUCUCACCAUAUGCAGCCUCUUCCCUUGCCGCUCGGAGCGGUGGCGCCACGUAUGCCAAUGCCACCACACCCGCCGCAUAUACCGCCGCAUGAAAUCGAGUACAGAGUUCGAGAGUACCUGAAAAUGUUGCAACAACAGCGAGAACAGUUGCUGCAAAAUGGAGCCGAGUCACCACCAACUGUAAGUGUGAAUGGCCAAGCGCCAGCAAUGUCACCGCGCGAAGCAGCUCUCAACGCCAUGGAUAUAUCAACACGCUUCACACUCUGGAGCAUUUACGGCAAUCAAAACGGCGUACACGCAUCUCCGCCUGAUCUCGAGCCACAACGCGAGGCCUUGAACCUGAGCGAGAGUCCGGGCUCCAGCACAUCAGGCGGCAAGCGCGAGGGCUCUCAGUCCUCGCCACCACCAGCUAAACGACGUCCAGCAUCAGCAUCGCCUAGCGCCACACCGCCUUCAUCUGCGCUAGCGCCACCUGCACACAUAUCGCAGCUUAAUACGCCUUCUACGUCGCACGCUUUUAAUGGACCGUCUACGUCGCAAGCUUUUAAUGGACCUUCUACAUCGCACUCUUUUAAUGGGCCUUCUACGUCGCACGCUAUAAAUGGGCCUUCUACGUCGCAAGCUUUUAAUGGGCCAACCACCAAUGGAACCAACGGAGCCGCUUUUAAGAUCACCACUAGAGGUGACGCCAGCACAGGUGACCAGCAGCUGGUAGUGACAAUAGAACUGAAUGGUGUCACAUACGAGGGCAUACUCUUUCCUGCCAAUAACUCAGAAAAUGAACACAGGCAAAUGGUGUCUUAA